AGUUGGUUUAUCUGAAGAUCGAAGUUUGUUGUUUGUUAUUUUUGCUGUUCUACAAAACAUCGGAUGCAUAAUAUUAGUUUUAUCCGUCAAACACCUGGGAAAAAGAUUUUUGGCUGUUAUGUCGGUUUCGAUAAAUACUAUUUUGCUAAUUUUAUUUGGUCUAUACAUCAUGGCAUUGAAAAAUGGUUACACUGAAUCAACUCCUUGGAUUCCCACAAUGAUACUAAGCGGAAUUUCCUUGUUCGGAACUUCUAUCAGCACUUUACCUUGGAUGUUAGUUAGCGAAAUCUUUCCCAACAAAAGCCGAGGAGUUGCAGCUGGAUCAUGUGCAGCUUUAUCGUAUUUAUUAAUGUUCAUACUAACAAAAUCAUAUUUGAUAGUUGAAAUUAAUUUAACCUUGGAGUACACUAUGCUUCUAUUUGGUGGCAUUGGGAUUUUUGGAUUGGUCUACUUAUAUUUUUACUUGCCGGAAACUGAAAAAAAAACGCUAUUAGAAAUCGAAGAAUAUUUCAAAUAAAAUCUACAUAUUAUAGCGUUUUGUAAUUAAUUAAUUGUUUUUGUGUUAUAAUUAUAAUAUAUUUGAGAUUAAAAAAAAUAA